AUGGCAUCUAGUGUUACAGCUCAAUCAGUGUUGGAGAAUAUUAGUGUGGAUCAUCUGGAAUGCUCCAUCUGCACAAACCGUUUCAGGCAACCCAAACUGUUGGACUGUUUGCAUAGUUUUUGCCUGCAAUGCAUCCAAGAGCUCAGACAGAGCCAAGAUCCGAGUGGUACAAAGUUGACAUGUCCUCUGUGCAGACGUGAAACCAUGUUGAAAGGGUCUGGGGUUGCUGAUCUUCCUAAUAACUUUGCAUUCAGUGCCCUGGUGGAGGAAGUUACAAUGCAGGAAAAGCUACUGGAAGGUCAAGGCUCAGACAUCAAAUGUCAAGCCUGUGAUGAGGAGAAUCAGGCCACUUCAAGAUGCAUGAAAUGUGAUCAUUUCCUCUGUCAAGAAUGUCAAAAGGCUCAUGGGCGUAUGACUGUCAUGAAAUCUCAUAAAAUCUACACACUGACUCAACUUCGAUCAGGGAAGAUUGUCUACAAGAGUAAACUAAGAGAUGAAGUUCCGAAAUGUUGCAAGCAUCCAGAUCAGAAUCUCAAUGUCUACUGCAACUCAUGUGAGCAAGUCAUAUGCACAACUUGCUCUGUGCUUUAUCAUGCACAACACUCACUUACUGGAUUACCUGAGGCAGUAGAAAAAUGUAAGAAGAAGGUCACAGAAAUGGUCAAAAAAAGUGAGAGCAUAACAACAGAAUUUGGCACCACCAUAGAAGAGACUAGCAAAUCUUGCAAAGAGCUGGAAACCAUGUUUGCCAAAACUCAAAAGAAAAUCUCCAAAAAGGCUCAACAGGAGAUUAAAAAGCUCCAACAGGAGAUAACAAAGCUCAAACAGGAGGUUGCAAAGAUCCAAAAGGAGAUUACAAAGAUCCAAAAGGAAGAAAAGAAACUGUUAAAAGAGACAGACAUGAUUUAUAAAGACCAACUCAAAGCUUUUGAAGCUGUUCACGCAACCAACAGGAAAGAGGUGACACAGACAGAGCACAAGCUGGAGGAGGUCAAACAACUCAUGAAUCAAGCAAGUUGCUAUGAGAUUCUUGAACUUCAACAGAAGCUCUUGCAUAACCUCAGUGAAUUGACAGGGAAACAGCCAGAGCAAGUUCAUGACAAGUUGACCUUCAUGGACUUUGAAGAAGGUGAGAGGUCACUUGGGAGACUCAUUCUGGAGGAAGAGCCACAGGCUGCAGCAAAGCAAUCACUAAGACCUGCAAGAUCAUGUGUGAAGGAGAAAUGGGAACUGAAGACUGAAGUCAAGAGCUUCAAACGUGCAUUUAUAAAACAUGUUGCAGCACUCUCUAACAAAACAAUCCUUGCACUAUCUCAAACAACACCUAUCCUUGCAAUAGUGCAUGGAACGAGUAAUACACUAUUCACAGUUGCAAUUCCCAAUAGUCAUCAGCAACGAAUUCCUAUCCCACAAAGGCUACAAAUCAAUGGCCUCACUAAUGAUAUGAAGUGUAUUGCAGUGAGCAAGGAUAACAAGCUCCUUGCUCUAGAUGGUCGAUUAGUCAAGGUCUUCAACAAGCAACAUCAGCUCCUCCAUCAGUUCACACCAGGUAGAGGGUCAGACAGCAAACCAACAUGCCUUGCAGUGGAUGACAGCAAUCUGAUAGCAGUGGGAUAUGAAGGCAUGGAUAAGAUAUCUCUACACAACCCAGAUGGAUCCCUCAUCAGGAGACUGCCUGCUCCAAUGAUCAAUGAUUAUCUGACAAUUUACAAUUAUCACCUUAUCUACACAACACGAUUAACAAAAAGGUUGGUAUGUGUAGACUACUAUGGUGCCAGUGUAUUCUCAGUAGACAUGACCAGCAACAUGCAGAGGGAUGGGUUGCCUUCUGGUGUGUGCUGUGACAGUGAUGGAAGCAUCUAUGUUGCUGUUGUUGGGAGAUAUCCAACAGGUGAUAUUCUGCAUUACAGUCCUGAUGGCAAGUACAUUGGUUGUGUGAUCAAGGACUGUGGACAUCCAUGUGGCAUGACAUUCACAUCGGAUGGUGAUCUGGUAGUGGCUGCUGAAAAGUCUGUACAGGUCUAUUACCGCAUGUGA